GUGUGAUUGAAUUUUUGUAGGCAAACUAAAAAGGGUGUUCUAAAAGGCGUUAGAAAGAAGGUUGGGUAAAGCUGACCCGAAUCCAAAAUCUGCGGGUGUACUUGUUCUAUGUAGAUUCUCUCCAGUAAAAAUCGCCAACAAUUCCAUCUAUAAUCACGUUUUCUUUCUCCAAUUUCCGCCUUGCUGGAUCGGAUAACGGAUAAACCCUAAGAAACCCACCAAGAAUCACUGCUAAAUUUAAGCAAAUUGCGCUUUCAAACCUUCUCUGUUCUCUUCUGCAAAAUGGAUAAUCUGUCGCCCCCAAAUCAAUUCAACUCUGAAUCGAGGCCUGGAUCAGAACCAAAAGACAGAAAGCUUCAGAAGGCGGACCGUGAGAAACAAAGGAGAGAUCGUCUAAAUGAGCAGUUUACAGAAUUGGGAAAGACACUUGAUCCCGAUCGACCUAAAUUUGACAAGGCAACUAUACUUGGUGAUACUAUCCAGAUGCUAAAUGAUUUGACCGAUCAAGUCAGCAGACUAAAAUCCGAGUACGCAAUGCUCACUGAAGAAUCUCGUGAGUUGACUCAAGAAAAGCACGAUUUGCGAGAAGAAAAGGCGUCCCUCAAAUCCGAUAUCGAGAACCUUAACCUUCAGUAUCAACAACGGCUUAGGGCUAUAUACCCAUGGGGUCAUAUGGACCAAUCGGUUGUAAUGCACCCCCCUUCGUAUCCCUACCCGGUCCCAAUGCCUAUGCCCCCCGGAUCUAUUCCAAUGCACCCAACCAUCCAACCGUACCCCUUUUUCGGAAACCAAAAUCCCGGGGUUGUUUCCAACCCAUGUUCCACUUUCUUUCAGUCCAUCCAAUACGUAUCUCCGGUUGCGCAGCCGAGUACUAGGUCCCACGUUUCUAGCAGACAAGGUUCUAGAAACAAAUCAUCGGAACAAGGAGAGAGCGGAAGUGGAAAAGACGUGGAUUCUAAUGAUGUAGCGACUGAACUCGAGCUCAAGACACCUGGAUCCACCGGAGAUCAGGAGGGUUCACUGGCUCAAUCAAAAUCCAAGAAAUUGCAUAGGAAGGAGAAUAGCGUUUCCGAUGAGAGCUCUCCAAGCGGGUGUUCAUCAUCUCGGACCAUACAAGCUAGCUCGUCAAAUAGCGUCGUUGGCGGCAAGAAUUGUGAUCGAUAAGAUCAACAUCACCGCCUUAAUCGUGUUAUCGCUCUGCGUAGAUUGCUAACUUCUCACAAUGAAAGGUCAGGUACUAAAUCUGUCUUCGCCUUAUAAAAUAUAAAUACCAAUGCUUAAUACGUUUACAGAAUGAACAUAGCACGGGUUCCGUGUUUCGACCGUAGUAUGUAAUGGUUGUUUUACAAUAAGAAAAAGGUUAUUUAGCU